GUAAUUCAUUUCAUCUUGAGUUUUAGCCAGAGUUGCCCUUUAAGGUAUUUAAAAAAACCACCCCAAUUUUCUCGCGUUUCCUGGUAUCGGUUUUUAGGCACAAAAGAAAGAGAUGCAGCAACAUUAAAAGCGUCAACGAGACAUGGAACUCUUGAAAAAAAAAUCCAGUGUGACAGUGAAGGAUGUGGGCCACAGAAGAAGCAUGUACAGUCAAAUCUCGUUACAACGAACGUCAGAUUAACGAUUUUUUCAGAAUUACAAACAUUUCGAAAAUCCCCUUCCAAAGACCUAUAGUUUCAAUGCAAAAAUGUUUCAUUACUAUGAAUUUCAAAAUACCGAAUAAUUCAGAAUAACGAAUGAAAUUUUAUCGCUGUUGCAUAAGAUAAACGCCUCAUUACUGCGAAUUUGCAUCCACCACAAAAAGGAAAGCGAAAAGUUUAGCGGGAUGCGGGCGAUACUCGGUACGGGUUUCUCCGCUAUGUGGCUUUUAUAGUUGACGAGUAUCAUCAUCAUCAAACAUCGGGGCGCGGGUGGAACGCGCACUUGGCCUAGCCCGAGGAGGCCGAGGAGAGUACCGCUUCUUUGUGUUCUCGGGGAACCGAAGUCUUGGUCGUUGUCGGCUGCCGCAGGUCAGUUUGGCCAUUGAACGAUUGAACGGACGAUGAAUUCAGCUGUCGCCCCCAAAAGGAAGCGGAAGCAGUUUUCAUUACAAGAGAAAGUCAGCAUCCUUCGGGACAUUGAUGCAGGAAAAAAGCAGGUCGACAUCAGUAAGGAUCUUGGAGUGGCGCCGUCGACCAUCACGACCAUCUUGAAAGAUCGUGCAAAGAUUACCGAGCUUCACCGGGGGUCUCAGCUUGCUCCGAGCAGGAAACGGCUGCGACUCGGUAAUUUUCAAGUCGUGGAUCAAGCAGUCUUGACGGGGUUCAAGGAUGCCCGAUUGCAAGAUGGGCCAGUGUCGGGUCCACUGCUUCAAGAAAAAGCCCGGGAAUUCGCCGCAGUGCUUGAAGUCACCGGUUUUGAAGCAAGUGCUGGAUGGCUCUACCGUUUCCGCCAGAGAAACGGAAUUACGUGGCAGACGGCCUCCGGAGAAGAAAAGGCAGCAGAUGCAGAGGGCGCAGCUGCAUGGACGAACGGCCACUUUCAAGAAAUUGUUGAGUCGUACUCGGAGGAGGAUAUUUUCAACGCCGACGAGACCGCAUGCUUUUAUCAGGUCCUUCCGGAGAAAACGAUGCAUUUUAAGGGCAACAAGUGCAAAGGUGGGAAGAAGUCGAAAGUUCGCAUAUCCGUGCUGUUUGCCUGUAAUGCAACUGGAACGAAGAAAUUCAAGCCUCUCGUCAUCGGGAAGUAUUUAAAGCCUCGCUGCAUGAAAAAUGUAGUGCCGCUGCCCUGUGACUACCGAGCGAAUAGCCGUGCUUGGAUGACGCGCGAUCUCUUUUCCGAGUGGCCCCUCAACGUUGACAGCCAAAUGAGGAAGGAGGACAGGAAAAUCCUCAUGAUCGUAGGUAACUGCUCGGCGCAUCUUGUGAACGUUCGCUUGACGAAUGUGCGUCUGGAGUUCUUGCCCCCGAAUUGCACUUCAUUGCUGCAGCCUCUGGACCAAGGAGGAAUUAUCAAGAGCGUCAAGACGGAAUUUCGAAGGCGCCUUGUUCAGCGGCUGCUGAUUAACCUCGUGAACCAGCCAACAUCAAUAAACGUCAAGCAGGCGGCGGAAAUGCUUACCGAAUCGUGGUGGAACGUCAAGCCGACCACCAUUCAAAACUGCUGGAGGAAGGCAGGUCUACUGAAGACGCCAGCCCAUCCACAAGCUCUCGAGUGCCAGGAAGACGACGACGACGCAAGCGAGUUGUGGGAAGAGGCACAAGGAAAGCUCGCCGUAGCCCCUUCGGUGACGUUCGAUGAUUACGUCCAGUGCGACGCGGCAGCGUGGACGGCGGCGGAGCUGACAACCGAGGACAUCGUGGGCAGCGUUCACAAGCCAGAGGAUGCCAGCGAUGAAGACGCGGAGGUGGAAAUCGCUGAUCGCCCUGACGGCUCUGUCUCAAACUCCAAUGUCCUGAGCGCUAUCAGGAAGCUGCGCGCCUACCUUGAGGCUUCUACCAGUGUGCCCGAGGCGCUAUACAAGAAUGUGGACGAUAUAGAGUCGUUUGUCUUGCGCCGUUUGUGCUCCACGCAGCAAAAAAAGAUCACCGAUUUCUUCAAAUAAAUGCUGCGUCUUCAACCGUGUGUAUUUAUUGGUUGGAGAUUA